AUGCAGGUGGGCAGGGCUACAUGUGGGCGUGGCUUCGGCCUACAGUCUCAGGAGAACAAGACGUUCCUGUCGAUGAUCCACAGCGUGCUGACCACCGACGGCUUCUACUUCUGCACCGACUUCGACCUGACGCACACGCUGCAGCGCCUGGCCAACACCAGCCCCGACUUCCAGGAGAUGAGCCUGCUGGAGAGGGCAGACCAGCGGUUUGUGUGGAACGGGAACCUCCUGAGGGAGCUGGCCGGCCAGCCAGAGCUCCACAGGUUUGCUCUACCUGUCAUUCACGGAUUCAUUGUGAUGAAGCCGUGUCGGAUCAACGGGAAGAUCUUCGAGUGGAUCCUGAUUUCCAGGAGGAGCUGCUUCCGGGCAGGCGUCAGGUAUUAUGUCAGAGGCAUCGACUCCGAGGGCCACGCCGCCAACUUUGUGGAGACCGAGCAGAUAGUUUUGUACGAGGGAGCCAAGGCUUCGUUUGUCCAGACACGAGGCUCAAUGCCCUUCUACUGGAGCCAGAGGCCCAACCUGAAGUACAAACCCAGACCUGUGAUCAGCAAAACCAUAAAUCACAUGGAUGGCUUCCAGCGGCACUUUGACUCCCAGCUCCUCAUCUAUGGGAAGCAAACCAUCCUGAACCUGGUCAACCAGAAGGGCUCCGAGAAACCUCUGGAACAGGCCUUUGCCAAGAUGGUUUCUGGCAUGAGCAACAAUAUGCUCAACUACAUCCCCUUCGACUUCCACAAAGAGUGCAGCCACAUGAGAUGGGACCGUCUCCAGAUCCUGGUGGACGCUGUGGCAGAGACCCAGGAGGAGUACAGGUAUCUGUCCUCCUCUUUGGAGGAACUCUGA